AUGACGACCCGCUUCAAGAAGAGCCGCAAGAUGCAUGCCCACAGGAAGCGGGGCCAUGGCCGCAUCGGCAAGCACCGCAAACACCCGGGCGGCUGCGGAAACUCGGGAGGUCAGCACCACCACCGCAUCAACUUUGACAAGUACCAUCCCGGCUACUUCGGCAAGGUGGGUAUGCGGAACUUCCAUCUCAUCAAGCAUGGCAAGGUCAUUCCUAUCAUCAACGUGGAGCGCUUGUGGUCUCUGGUUUCUGAGCAGACACGCGCAUACUACAAGGAGCAUACGGACAAGGCACCUGUCAUCGAUGUGAUGAAGGCAGGCUACAUGAAGGUUUGCGGCAAGGGCCAACUCCCGGAGCAGCCUCUCAUCGUCAAGGCGCGGUACUUCACCAAGGAGGCCGAGACCAAGAUCAAGGAGGCUGGAGGCGUCUGCGUCCUUUGCGCAUGA